UUUCAGUGCAUAGCCAACUGCGUUAAAUACCCUUACACAAACCCUUAACCCAGUCUAUACCUACAGUUAAAAAAAAUCAAGCUCAAAACGAAAAAAUUCACAAACCAAAUUACAGUUCGAAACGUAGUACAAAAAUUAAAUUUCGUGAUAAAUCUUGGCUAAUGUUCCUAUUUAGAAUAAAACGCACCGGACGCAGGAAGCUAUAACAAUAAGAGGAUCAAUUUUUAAUUAAGUUCAAUUAACUAAGGGCACGUUUACACGUUUUUUAACGACCGUUAAAUAUUGAAAAGUGCAUCGGGCAACUAACAACAAACGCAUUUUCAAUCAUUUAACAUCGAGUGCAUGUUUUGAGUUCAAAUAAGGGCAUCUUGUUUUAUUUAUACUAACAUAUACCAAUAUAUAACAAUAAACCGGGCAAUAUCGGGCUAAGUUUUAGUGAAUUUCAAUCGAUAACACUGACGCGAUUUUUUACGUUAAUUGUUCGACUUAACUGUUCAUUUAAACGAGAAAUUUUCGAAUAAAACAAACCAAAACUGUGAUUUCGUCAAUAUUAAUUAAUUUAUUAAAAAAGAAGAAGAAAAAAGAAAUAUAUAAAAGUAAUAACUAAGUUUUGCGAGUUUAGGUGUUGAAAUAAUUAUUUUGUCGCAACUAAAAGUAUUUUUCCAAAAAUUCGACUAUAGUGCCUUAUUGUCGGCCUUAAAACAAACCUUCCUACUAGAAAAAUUUGUAUAUUAUUAAUAAAAAAAUCACUAUAAAAAUACACAAAAAAAUUAAUAAACUUGUGGCUUACUUUGGGAAAGUACAAAAUUACUAAUUGUUAAAAGAAAAUUAAUAAAAAAAUCCUAAUCGUGACUUGACACCUGGACUGCGACAACCACGGAUUGGAAUUGAGUAAAGCUAUCGGUACCAAUCCGAAAGACCCCAUUUACUCGUCGUUGAAGAAUAUAACCCUCAUUACCACGACGCCGACUCACCCACCGUACCAGCGACUCGACUAUACUACCACCACAUUCACCCUUUAUCCCAUCAUCGGUACUAUAGUUUUAGUGCCGUUCGAGGCUUUGGUGCGUUUUCUUCCGGCGUCGCCAUCUCUCGCCACGCUCGUCCCUCACGGGCCGUAUUCUCGCCUUUUCCCGUCCAGCCGUCAACAUUUUCAACACGGAGGACCAAAAUCUAAUCAACAAUCUCAAGGUCGAACAUGAAAACCUCGUAGCGAAGUGGCUGCAGAACUCAUUCAAGGCCCAGGAGAACGCCGCGCUGGACCUCCGGUCGACGCCGCUGUCUCUGCAGAUACCGAUGGCCGAGGUCAACAACAGGCCCGUAUUCAAGAUGAACAACGAUUUUUGGAACCAGGCUCGAGGGCCGCCCCAAAGCAUGGCCCAGAACCUCUCCAACUCGAACCAGAACUCGCCGGUGCCGCCGGCCUCAACCAACUCCAUUCCGGCCCAUUCACCAUCGCAGCAGAGCAACAGCAGCCAAAACCACGUCAUUACACCCAUACAACAACAACAACAGCAACAAAACCAACAACAACAGCAACAACAACAACAAAACUCGGUACCGCAACAGCAACAACAAAACAACGGCCAGCAGCAAAAUCAACAACAACCAAACCAACAACAACAACAACAACAACAACAACAACAACCUCAACUGGGCAGUCCCAAUUCGCAAGUUGCACAAGCCCAUGCUCAUGCUCUGGCUCAAGUCCAGGCCCAACAACAGUUGGUGCAUAUGUCACAACAACACCAACUUAAUACUGGACAAAAUUCGCCGGAUAAAAUGGCCGAAAAAUUGGUCAAUGAUUUACAGUUGCUUUCCCAACUAACGCUGCCGGACUUUAACCAACUGCAGAGGAAUUCGACUUCUUCGGCCAUCUCUGAAAGGACGCUUGAAGAAUGUUGGACCACACUGCAGCGAAUUUUCAUGCACAAAUCGGCGAUGCAAAUGCAUGCGAGGGAGUUGACGGGACGCUCAGAAGUCAAACCACAUCAGUGCCAGCAAUGUCUAAAGUCUUUCAGCAGCAAUCAUCAGUUAGUCCAACAUAUCAGGGUUCACACGGGAGAAAAACCCUACAAAUGUUCCUAUUGCGACAGGAGGUUCAAGCAGUUGAGUCACGUGCAACAACACACGAGGCUACACACGGGUGAACGGCCCUACAAGUGCCACUUGCCGGACUGCGGAAGGGCCUUCAUCCAACUGUCCAACCUUCAGCAGCAUCUCAGAAAUCACGACGCUCAGGUCGAAAGGGCCAAAAACCGGCCCUUCCAUUGCACCAUCUGCGGCAAGGGUUUCGCCACGGAGUCCAGUCUGAGGACACAUACGUCGAAAGUAAGCCAUUGUAUUGGUCGUUUGCAGCAACAUGCAGCUCUGAUUGGUGGACCCAAUGCCACUUCUUGUCCGCUUUGCCAUAAGAUGUUCUUAGGAGGAGAGGCGCUCAUGGAGCACAUGAAGCACACCCACAAGGACCCCAAUGCCUCCGGGGUUGCCAUUGACGUCAUCGAUCCUUAUUUAGCGAAGAGAAGGACAGCGAAUCAUCCUUGUCCCGUUUGUGGAAAGCAUUAUGUGAAUGAAGGAUCCCUCAGGAAACAUUUGGCGUGCCAUCCCGAAACGUCACAAUUGUCAAGUUCGUUGAGAAUGUGGCCGUGUUCUGUUUGUCAAGCAGUUUUUACGCACGAAUCAGGUCUUCUCACACAUAUGGAACAUAUGAGGAUGGAUACUAAACAUCAGUUCGCCGCCCAAUACGUCCUAUCACGCGCCGCCGCCGAAAGGAGAGAAAGAGAGACUUUAUUGGCGGCCGUUUCCGCUUCCGCUUCCGGUAGUGGCCUUCUAGGCCUCACAGGAAUGGCUGGGGCAGCGAGUGGUAGCCCGAUGUGUGCAUCCCCUAGUGCUCACAGUGACAGUUCCUCAGGCAAUGGCCGUCUCUCUUCAGCCGGAUCUGAAGCCGGUGGUCUUAACAACAACAACAACAAUUGUACAACAAAACUGAAUGAGAUUUUAAGAAGUAACAACGGCCUCCACCAACAGUACAACGUCGAAGAGCAAUUCCACAACGCUAAUAGAAUGGCCGUCAUUGCCAACAUGGUGGGCCAAGGGGGGGUUCCCCCAGGACUCGGCUCCGACUCCUCGGCCGCUGCCAACAUCGCCGCCGCCAAUAUUGCCAACCUUGCCAUGCGACUCGGCGUCACACAAGCCAAUCAGGUGAACAACAGCAGUAACCCGUCGACGCCGCCCAUCAACAACGACACCCUUUCGGCGUCCAUGAACGCGAUGAACGCCAUGCGGGCGUCCAUGGACAGUAUAAGGAACAUGGACGCGAUGCGGUCGUCGGUGAUGGACAUGUCAUCGCCUCAGCAGUCUCAGCAACAGCAGGACGCGCUCAGGAUGCAACAGCACGCUGAGGCGCUGCUCAGGUCGCAGGCCGAGGCGGCACUGAGACUCGCCAUGAGUCAAGCCUUGCCUCAGCUCAACCAACACCAGCAGGAUAACGGCAGUCCGCUGCGACAUAACGGUAAUUAUCAGCCGCAUCAGGGCCAGUCGUCGCAACAGCUGAGUCCGGACCUGACCGAAGCGCUACGACUGCAAGAGCAGCGAUUAGAACAGGCGUUGAGACUGCACGGGAGUGACCCCCGGACUUUGGGGUUCUCUCUAAGUAGCCAACAGCAGAAUCAACAGCCAUGAAAUUUUAAUUACUACUGAACGCAAAAGUACAAUCGGCCGCCAUCUUCCAUUCAGCGGCCAUCUUCCAGCACGGACGCCAUAUUUAAAAAUGUGCCAAAUUUUUCAUGCGCUCAGUAAUAUUACUAAUGGCCAAGCCAUUAAUAAACGCACUUUACAAGUGCACCAACUACAAAAAUCAAGAGGAGAAAUCAUUUAAACAAUGUAUAGUAAAUAAGUGUUGGAGAUAAUACCUAAAGUAAGUGUUUUUAGGUAACGUUAAGUAAAACAAAAUACUUAAUGCAUAAUUAUAUUUAAGGAUAAGUUGUAAAUAUAAAGAUUGUUUUAGAAGAAGAAAUUCUGGAUGAAUGAUAGAAGAGAAUAUUUGUAAUUAUAAAGCGCGAUGUAAGUACGAGUUUUUAUUUACAAAAAAAAUGCGAAAAGAAUCAAAUUUUAUGAUGAGGAAAAACUUUUUUUGCAAACUGUGAUUUUAGUUAUUUGGCCGGUUAUAAAUAUGCUAGCAAUAAAUCGAGGAAAAAUCAAUUUGCAAUUUUUACUGUGAUUUUUUAUUAAUUAAAGAUCGGAAUUUAUUAUUCGUUUUCUUUUUUAAGUACAAAGGGGGCUCAAAGCCCCGAAUUUAUAAUUUUUUAGUGCGAAUGUCGAAUGAAUGAGUCAGACUGUGCGGAAAUCAUUUUUUUGUACCAAGUACUUAAAUGGUUCAACUUUUUUCGGUUUCUCGUCAAUAUGUGGUUUUAUCAGAACUGUACAUAAUUUAUACGUAAGGCCUGUACAUAAGCAAUCCGGCACGGUGCGAGGGGCGGGAAGCGGGGGCCCCGGGGGAGAAAUUUCAAAAUUACAGAUUUCUGUAACAAAAAUCAGGAAUUAUUGUUUUAGUUAUUUCAAAAAAUGCAAUUUUAAAUUUAAAAUUUGUAAAUCAAAAGGAAACAAGUAUAUUUGAAGGUUUUAGAAGAGAAUAUUGAGAGUAAAAUUUCCUAGUUACAGUUUCCUGUAAUUCAAAAAUCUUAGAACAAGCCCGAAAUUUUAACAAAUUAUGAAGUUUUGGAAAUAAAACUAAAAAGGAGAUAUUUUGCACAGUUGGUUUGUUUUUAAUUUUAAAAUUACAGUUCCCUGUAUCACAAACCAGAAAUUAUUAUUUUAGUUCUUGUAAUAAAUUUAAUUUAUGAUUACUCGAUCAAAGGGAGACUACUCGUUUUUAGCAGUUUAUUGGGAGAAUUUUAAAAGUAAAAAUUUCUAAUUACAGUUUCCUGUAAUUCAAAAAUUCAAUUGGUUUGUUUUUGGGGAUUUUUGAAUGUUUAAAAAUAGUGGUCUGAUGCGUAAAAUCGCCCCCGCGGUCCUCGCUUCCUCUUCUCAGCCCUAAUAGAUUUCCCAUAUAUUACAAUAGCCAUAUAGACAAUAGUUUAAAAAAUCUACAAUAGUUGCGGCGUUGCCGCGUCUCACAAUUUCCUAAAAAGUGACAAAUGACCGUUUCACCCGUCGUGAAACACCGCCAAAGUUGACAUAUCGGCGCGCUAGCGCCCUCUAACUCCCGAUUUUGACAGUUAAAAUACAUACAAAAACUCUACAAUAGCCCGGUUGCACUUAGUGCUACAAACAUUUUUGCCCACUCAAAUAAUUACUUGCGUAAUUAUUCCAUCGUAAAUUUUACAAUAGCCCAUCGUCGGACCCACACUCCGACCCAUCAAACUUUCAGUAAAAGCCCGCGGCGGCCAUUUUGACAAAAUGGCCGCCAUAUGUGUAUUUUACAUAAAUAUUAACGUCUAGUGCCCGAAUGGACAAAUAUUUAUUGUAAAAUUACCAAAAAUAAAAAAAAUUUCUUUUGCAAUAGCCCACAGUACAUCAGUGCAAAAAUUUUGCACAGUUUUUUCAAGUUUUAACCAGAUUCAGUUCGAUGAUGAUUCAGUUUGGUGUUUAGUACGGUCCUGGGGGGCCCUUUCAAGGGGACCCAAAAACACAUAGGCGCCCCCUCCCUCUUGCUGUUCAAUACCACCGCUUCGAUAGUCUAUAUAGAGGAAAAAAUACAAUGGAAAAGCCCCGAAAAAGGGCCCUUUACCAGGUCCGGAUCCUUAAAUUUUCAGUUAAACAGCAAUAGUCUAAACGCAUAAUGAUUCUCUUAUGCUAUACAAAAAAUUCGGUAACCACACUUCAGUUCGUGUUUGUUCGGACGGGUCACGUGACACAGUCACGUGACCCGGACGUUUUCAUUUGUUUUACAAUAAUAAUCAGAUUUUACACACACACACUUUACACAUGGAUAAAAAAACACUUUCGACUUCAAUACUCAAAAACUGUGAGAUUUCGGCGCCAUAUUGACACAUUUUACACAAUAAUCAAGUCGUCUAAAGUCACUUUUGGGAAAAGCACACUUUUCGGCCAACAAAACGUCAAAAACCAGUCUAAAAUUCGAUUUAAAACCACAUGAAAAUAAAAAAAUGCAAAAAAAUGUUUCUAUAGUUAUUUCAAUGUUAGUUGUGUUAACACAAGUUAAUGUUAAGUUAUUUUUUUCGUCGUAUACGUAUAUAUGAUAAAUAAGUUUUGUGGGCGCGAAUAGAGGGCGCCAUCUUCGAGUAGCGGCCAUCUUUGCACUUUGCUAUAGUUAUAUUUAGCUAAAUGUUUAUUGUUGAUUAGUAAGUUGAGGUGAGAAAAUCGAGCUCAGGGCCGGCUCGAGGCGGGCGCCCCGCGCCCUUUUUAUCCGAAUCAAUGUAAUAAUACGCCAUUUCCGUUGCUUGUAACAAGGCCGAGUUGGCCAUGAUCUGUAGAGGAGAGUGGGCCAAGUCGGCCCGUGUUGACUCAAUGUUUUUUUCUCAAUUUUUUCAUAGUUGGUACUGUAUAUGUUACUACUACAGUUGUUUUUCAUAGUUUAUGCUUUAUUGUAAUUUAUUAAAUGUUUGAAUUUACGGAAAAAAAACAAGGAAAAAUGUAAUAUUUGAUAUUAAUAACUUUUUUAUAUAUAUUUUACUAACUCGCCGGACCACCGGACUUUAUUUAUAUGUUACGUAACGUUAGGUAAGGAGUUAUAUACGUUAUUAUAAUUUUAUACAAGUUUUUGCCGCCAUCUUUUUUAUUAUUUAAAAAUUCGACUGCCAUUUAUAUUUUUUAACUUAUGCUUUUCGUAGAGUUUUUUUAAGUUCCUAUUACAAUUUUUUCGGCUGUAGUUCGCAUUACAGUGAAAAAUAAAUCAGUUCAAGUGUGAAUGGUGAGCGAUUGAUUCGAAAAUUCUCAUUUUUUAGGUAAACGAAAUUCGAAAACUUGAGGCAUUACGUGCAAAAUUACACUUCUUUUGUAAUAUAUAGGCUAAACAAAAUUUAAUAAGAUUGUGGUUUUAGGAAAAAAUUAUGUUAACAUGUUUUUAUUCAACAAAUUGAUGUAUGAACUGUACGUGUGAAAUGUAUCUUACUUACUGGAAAUAGCAAAUAUUAAAAAUAA